AAAUUAGUAAAUGAGACAUUCCAGAAGCUCUGGUUUACUCCAACUCCACACCAUGACAAAGAAGCAAUGACCAGGAAAAUACUAAACAUUACUGAUGUGGUUGCAGCUUGUAGAGAUACAGGGUAUGAUUGGUUUGAACAGCUUCUUCAAAAUCUGUUGAAGUCAGAAGAAGAUGCCUCAUAUAAACCUGUGAAGAAAGCCUGUACUCAACUUGUUGACAAUUUGGUUGAGCAUAUUCUUAAAUAUGAAGAAUCCUUAUCAGAUUCUGACAACAAAGGUGUGAAUUCUGGUCGCUUGGUUGCUUGCAUAACCACUUUGUUCUUAUUCAGCAAAAUCAGGCCCCAGUUAAUGGUCAAACAUGCCAUGACCAUGCAGCCAUACCUGACCACUAAAUGUAGUACACAGAAUGAUUUCAUGGUGAUCUGCAAUGUUGCAAAAAUCUUAGAACUUGUAGUACCGCUAAUGGAGCAUCCAAGUGAAACCUUUCUUGCCACUAUUGAGGAAGACCUCAUGAAACUCAUCAUCAAAUAUGGCAUGACAGUUGUUCAGCAUUGUGUGAGCUGUCUUGGGGCUGUUGUGAACAAGGUCACCCUGAACUAUAAAUUUGUGUGGGCCUGUUUUAAUAGAUACUAUGGUGCACUUUUGAAAUUAAAAAGUCAACACCAGGAAGACCCCAACAGUACAAUACUUACUGCCAAUAAACCAGCACUCCUUAGAUCACUUUUCACUGUUGGAGCAUUGUGUCGACAUUUUGAUUUUGAUCAGGAAGAUUUUAAGGGCAACAGUAAGGUUAACAUUAAGGAGAAAGUACUUGAACUGUUGAUGUAUUUUACAAAACAUGCAGAUGAAGAAGUACAGACAAAAGCCAUUAUUGGCCUUGGAUUUGCAUUUAUACAACACCCAAGUUUAAUGUUUGAACAGGAAGUGAAGACUCUGUACAACAGCAUUCUUUCAGAUAAGAACUGUUCAGUAAACUUAAAAAUCCAGGUGUUAAAAAACCUCCAGACCUACUUGCAGGAGGAGGAUACACGUAUGCAGCAGGCAGACAGAGACUGGAAAAAAGUGGCAAAGCAGGAAGACCUGAAAGAAAUGGGUGAUAUUUCCUCAGGGAUGAGUAGUUCCAUCAUGCAGCUAUAUCUCAAACAGGUCCUUGAAGCUUUCUUUCAUACCCAGUCCACUGUACGCCACUUUGCUCUAAAUGUCAUUGCACUGACAUUAAACCAGGGUCUCAUCCAUCCUGUUCAGUGUGUGCCAUACUUAAUUGCUAUGGGCACAGAUCCAGAGCCCUCUAUGCGAAACAAAGCUGACCAGCAGUUGGUGGAAAUAGACAAAAAAUAUGCUGGGUUCAUUCACAUGAAAGCAGUGGCUGGUAUGAAGAUGUCUUACCAGGUACAACAGGCAAUCAAUACCUGCCCAAAGGAUCCUGUAAGAGGUUUUAGACAUGAUGAAUCUUCCAAUGCAUUGUGUUCACACCUAUACUCCAUGAUCCGAGGGAACCGCCAACACAGACGAGCUUUUCUAAUUUCGUUACUCAACCUCUUUGAUGAUACUGCAAAAACAGAGGUGAAUAUGCUCUUGUACAUAGCAGACAAUCUAGCCUGUUUUCCUUAUCAAACACAGGAGGAGCCACUGUUUAUAAUGCAUCACAUAGACAUUACACUAUCAGUUUCUGGUAGCAACCUACUACAGUCAUUUAAAGAGUCUAUGGUGAAAGACAAAAAAAAGGAAAGAAAGCCUUUAUCAGACGAGGAGACUGAGAGUGACAGCAACAGUGGUAGUGAGAGUGAAAGUGAGGAGGAAGCUUCUAAGCCUCGGAAGUUACGGAAACAAGUAGACUCUGAUUCAGAUUCUGAUGAAGAAAAUGAUAUAAAUGCUGUGAUGAAAUGCUUACCAGAAAAUUCAGCUCCUUUAAUUGAAUUUGCAAAUGUCUCCCAAGGCAUAUUAUUACUUUUGAUGCUGAAACAGCAUUUAAAGAACCUCUGUGGGUUCUCUGAUAGUAAAAUUCAGAAAUAUUCUCCAUCUGAAUCUGCAAAAGUUUAUGAUAAAGCGAUAAAUAGGAAGACAGGAGUGCACUUCCAUCCAAAACAGACUCUGGAUUUUCUGCGGAGUGAUAUGGCUAAUUCCAAGAUCACUGAAGAAGUGAAGAGGAGUAUAGUAAAACAGUAUUUACAUUUCAAGCUCCUUAUGGAA